UUUUUAAAUUUUCAUUCUCCUCCCCCAUUUCAAAAAAAAAAACCCAAAGAAUUCUCUCUCAACCUCCCUUCUCCUAUCCAAACUCCGGCCAGGAGUCCGGCCAUCAGCCACCAUGCCGGCAGCCGAUAACCGGCGAUGGCGCCACCGUCCACGGUUGCCGGAAAAACUAAAACUCCCAUUCUUUUCCCUUCGACCCUCCUAAAUCCAAAUCCGGGCCCGAAAUUCCUGAAAUAUCAACAAAAAUACCCAAAAAUCCAAGAAAUCUUUCGGUUUCCGGCCACCUAUCCUCGGAGGUGGCUACCUCAGCCGUCCACGGUGUUGAAAACUCGAACACCAGUGUCAGACGCGUGCUGCCGUGGUGGCUUGCGAGGAGGCCCUGCUGACGUGCGGCGCGCGUGGGAGGAGCGGCGGCAGCCGCACCUAGGUUUUUUUGUUUUCUGUUUAGGUGUUGUGGGCUAGGGUUUUUUAGGUUUUGGGCCAUUCCGGUUUGGGCCACUUGGGUCUUGUAAUUGGGUGUCAUUUUUCUUGUAAAUGAACUGUUUGGUAUUUGGACUUUUAUUUAUUUUUGGGUUUUUGUCUAAGCCCGGGUAAAUUGGGUCUCUUACAAAGAUGACUACAGAAUUCAAGAAA